AUGAAUGGUAAAAAGCACAGUGAAACGGGGACUUUCUCGCCAGACGGAAUGCGAGCCGAAAUAUUAAAUCCGUUCGUACAUAAGUUGGAACUAGAUAAUACCUAUGAUAAAAUAAGGACGGCCAUCUUCACCGUCAUUCUACUUCCAUUCCGAGUGAUCGUCAUAUGUUACUUAAUUGUGACAGCAUGGUUCCUUGCUUGCAUCGGCCUCUAUGGCCUCAGUGAAGAGGAUUUACGAAAGAAGCCCAUGACAGGAUGGCGGAGCAAACUACGAUACUACAUUCUUUCGCUGAUGCGAUUGGUGAUCGUCGCUGCCGGUUUCCACCGCGUAAAAGUGAUCGGUCGUGAGCAUGUGGCCAGGGGACGGGAAGCUCCUGUCGUGGUCAUGGCCCCGCACUCGAGUUUCUUUGACGCAAUCGCUAUAGUGUGCCUCGGUGCACCCAGUGUCGUCGCCAAGGCGGACACUGCAAAACUUCCCUUCAUCGGACCAUCUCAACCUUGUUCCGAAGCUAUCGCCAUGGUCAUCGCUCACUUUGCUAACAGCCUCCAUAUAAAACAGGGUAAUGACAUGAUUAAAAAUAUUACAAACUCUUUAGAAAGUGCUUCAAACACUGGCCAGUUAAAAAAAAAACAUAAAAAAUCCUUGAAACCGCUAAUAUGUUUCAUCGGCAAGAUGUCGUACCUCGCUGGUGGUAUGGCCAUCACGAUUCGCGGCCGGCAGGCGAGUCGACGAGAAGCCCCCAUCUUAGUGGUAGCACCACAUUCAUCAUUUCUAGAUUCUUGUAUUGUCUAUGCCACCAGAAUGUCUUCAGUUAUCGUGCGGAAGGAAAGCAUGGAUAACUAUGUUGGAAAGCUUAUAAACUACACACAGCCUGUAUACGUGUGGCGUGAUGAUCCUAAUUCUCGACAGAACACGAUUAAAGAAAUCAUAGAGAGGGCUACUUCUAAAGAGGAUUGGCCUCAGGUCCUGAUAUUCCCUGAAGGCACGUGCACUAAUCGGUCCUGUCUGAUCACGUUCAAACCAGGUGGCUUCUAUCCAGGAGUACCGGUUCAACCAGUCACUAUUCGCUAUCCCAAUGCGAGAGAUACUGUGACCUGGACUUGGGAAGGACCUGGAGCUUUGAAACUUCUUUGGCUAACGCUGACUCAAGUGCACAGUUCCUGUGAAAUCGAAUUCUUGCCGGUGUACUAUCCCACUGAAGAGGAGAAGAAGAACCCCAAACUCUUCGCACGGAACGUUCGUGAUGUUAUGGCAAGAGCCCUUGGAGUACCAGUUCUUGACUACACUUACGAUGACUGUCGCCUGAUUGCAAAGGCGAAGCAACUUGGGAUUCCUGGUGGAAGUUCCAUACGUGAAGUCGCUGAAUUGAGAUGCCAAUUAAAAUUCGACUUGACCAAUUUCGAGCUGGACAUGAUCAACGCAGGUAUACAAGGAACUCCGCGAUGGCUCAAUUUGGAUGAGUUUGCUCUCCGCUUGGGGGUGUUGAUAAACCGCCACAUAACAAGGCUCUAUAAAAUAUUUUUACAGAAACCGAUAGACCUGAUGUUCUUCCCGGAUUAUCUGCUCGCGACAGUAUUCCUGUUACACCAGAACGAACCUCACGCCGAAGUUAUAUCCUAUGCAUUUAAGAUUUUCGAUGGAGCGGGUAUGGGACGACUCGACAUAAAUACUUUCGAAGAGGUCGCUGUGCGCACCCUUGGACUUGGGCCAGAGGAAGCUCACAAUAUCUUUAGGAGCAUUGAUUUGGAUGAAAGGAAUUACAUUACGUAUGAUGAAUUCGCUGCGCAUGCUCAGAACAGCCCGGAUCUCUGUUACAUCUUCAGCCGAGAAGGUUGCCAGAAGGUAAAGAGUCAAUGA